UCAUGGUUCAUUGGGCGAUACGAGUAAAAAAACAUCAUCGCCGUCAUGAACGCACUUUAAGUUUACAAGCUUUAGAUCGUUUAAAUACAAUUCAAUGUACAAAAGAGUCCAUACGUAAAGAACAAACUGCCAGAGAUGAUAAUGUUAAUGAAUAUCUAAAAUUAGCCGCCAGUGCAGAUAAACAGCAAUUGCAACGAAUAAAGGCUGUUUUCGAAAAGAAAAAUCAAAAAAGCGCACACACUAUUUCCCAAUUACAAAAGAAACUUGACAGUUACACGAAACGUGUCAAAGAUUUACAAAAUCAACAAUUUCAUAACAAAUCACAGCACCGACAACCUCGUGAAGUUUUAAGAGAUGUGGGUCAGGGUUUAAGAAAUGUUGGUGGUAAUAUACGUGACGGCAUUACUGGAUUCUCAGGGUCUGUUAUGUCGAAACCUAGAGAAUUUGCACAUUUGAUUAAGAACAAAUUUGGCAGUGCUGAUAAUAUCAAUCAAAUGUCAGAAUCUGAAUUGAAUAGUUUAAAUAUGCCUGUGAAUCAACAUGAUAUGUUGGGCAGUACUACGCCUAACAAUGCUAUACCCACCGCUUCAACGGGUUCGGGUGGUGGUGGUGGGAUUAAUACCGGUGGUGCUGGUAGUGAAAUUAAUAGUGAAAAUGGCAGCGAAUGUAGUAGCGUCACAAGUGAGAGUAUACCAGCCGGCUCUGGAAAAAGUCAAUCGGGUGCCAGCCAGUAUCAUAUUGUUUUAAAGUCCCUACUAACCGAAUUGGCCGAACGAAAAGCAGAAAAUGAAAAAUUAGCUGAGCGUGUGGAACGUUUAGAGAAUGCUCAAAAGGAGGUGAACAAUUUGACGGCGACACUAGAAAGUGAACGUUAUCGUGCUGAAAGUCUAGAGGAACAAAUUAAUGAUUUAACGGAAUUACAUCAGAAUGAAAUCGAAAAUCUAAAACAAGCUAUAGCCGAUAUGGAAGAAAAGGUGCAAUAUCAAAGCGAUGAACGUCUGCAAGAUGUCAAUGAAGUUUUAGAAAAUUGUCAAACUAGAAUUUCAAAAAUGGAACAUUUAUCUCAACAACAAUAUGUAACGGUCGAGGGUAUAGACAAUUCAAAUGCCCGAGCUUUGGUGGUAAAACUAAUAAAUGUGGUUUUAACCAUAUUACAAGUAGUGCUAUUACUAGUGGCCACAGCGGCCGGUAUUAUAAUGCCAUUUUUAAAAACAAGAGUCCGCGUUUUAACCACUUUCUUAUCGAUAUUUCUUAUAAUUUGUGUGAUACGCCAAUGGCCUGAUGUUCAGGAUAUUGGCGCUGGUUUAUUGCGUCAUUUAAAACAGUCGUUGGUUGUUAAAUAGAUAUUUUUUUAUAUAAACGUGCUUGUCUGUAUAUAAAAAAGAAAAAAUAUAAACUCUUUAUUUUGUUUUUGUAUUAAAAUCAAAGAGCUUAAGAUAAUGAUGUAAAAAUUUAAACAAAAAUAUUAAGCACAGUCCGUUAAUAUAUUUAAUAUUUAAUAAAUAAGUUAGUGAAAGUAAAAAAAUAUUAAAUUAAAAUAAAAACAAAUUCCUAAAAAUCAUAUAUUACAUACAUACAAAAAACCAAGCAUCACUUAUAUAUAUUAUAUAUUAAUUAAAUACAUAAACACCACCAUUUAGACUACAACAGAACCACAUCGACCACCUUCAUUCAAAGUUUUUAUAAUUUCCUUUUAUUUUGGAAAAUUUAAAAUGAAAAUUCUAAAAUCCCAUCAUAUUUAUACAUACUUUAGUUUUAGUGUAAUAUAAUAAUAAUAAUAAAACAUAAAGAAAAUGUAGCUAUGAUUAGUAAAAAAGAAUGAAAAAACCCAACCACAAUUAUUAGCGUUUAUGUUUAGAAUUCAUUUUUUUAUAUAAAAUAUAUAAUAAUAAAAGAAAUUCAAAAAAAAUUUAAAAUAUGUAAUAGUUUUAUUAAAAUUAUUAAGAUUGUUUAACAAUAGUUAAGUUUUAAUUUUAAAUUUUAUAAUGUUUUUUUAAUUUUUGUCAAGGAUUAUGACUUUGUAAUAGAAUUUUCACGAACAUUCCUUUUAUAAAAAGUAGGAAAUAAAGAGCGAAUGUUGCCCUAAAGAGCUGUA